GUUUGGACCUUAUUUCAAAGAAAUCAAUAAACAUUGACUAAUUUGUUUUGAUGGGGAUCACUGUCGAUGAAAUUACUUUUAACGCUCGAGGAAAACGCAUAAUUCAGUGACUUAAGUGCCAUUUUCUCCUGCACAUGAGGAGGAUCAGUGACUGAUCUCAAUAUUGAAUGUGAUUAAACAAUGAAAAUAAUUUAGUGUGAUUUAGUGGGAUGAGGAAAAGACUAAGCCUGAAAUGUUGUCUGUUUGGCAUUGGCAUUCCAUUGACCCUCUGGAUGACCUUGAACUUGGUUAGCUGGGACAUGAAGCUCUCAGCUGACUGGAACCAACCCCAACGGCUCACCCUGAGGGCGAGGAAGACCCUUUUGUUAAGGUCAAAGGUCAAGGCUCAGGCUGAAGAGAAGGGGGCCCCUCGACAAUGUGAGGAGAUUCCAGAGGUCAUAAACAAAGCCCUUGUGAAGCAUUACAACACCUCUGUGCUUCAUUCUCUUGGGAUCGUGUCCGGCCCUGAGGACCAGAUAGCUCGAGAUGAGGGGUACCAGAAUUUUGCAUUUAAUGCACUUGUUAGCGAUAAGAUUGGAUUCCACAGAGCUAUUCCAGAUACUCGCUAUCCAAAAUGCCAGGAUGUGACCUUUCCUGCCAUUAACCUGGACACCAGUAUCAUCGUCUGCUUCUUCAAUGAACAGCCGUCAGCUCUGCUCCGUCUGGUGCACUCGAUUAAUGACCAAACACCACAGGAACUGGUCAAAGAAAUCAUCCUAGUGGAUGACAGUAGUACACUAGAUGACCUGUCCUGUCAGAUAGAGAAUUAUGUCAAUCAACACUUUAACAACGUUCGAUUGGUCCGUACUCCUGAGAGGGAGGGCCUGAUCAGGGCGAGGGUGUUUGGAGCUAACCUUGCCUCAGGACAGGUUUUGGUGUUCCUAGAUAGCCACUGUGAGGUUAACACUGAUUGGUUGGAGCCUCUGUUGCUAAGGAUAUCACAUGAUCCGACAACGGUGGUCGUCCCGGUGAUAGACAUAAUUAACCAUGAUACAAUGGAGUACCAGCAGUCCCCCUUGGUUCGGGGAGGGUUCAACUGGGGUCUUCACUUUAGCUGGGAUCGGCUGCCAGAUAACGAAAAGAAUGACCCAGAUUUGGGCAGCAAGCCAAUAUUGUCACCUACAAUGGCUGGGGGGUUAUUUGCUAUGAAAAGGGAUUAUUUUCACCACCUAGGGGAGUAUGACCUUGGGAUGGACAUUUGGGGAGGAGAGAAUCUAGAGAUCUCAUUUAGGAUCUGGAUGUGUGGGGGCAAGCUGGAAAUAAUCCCAUGCUCCAGGGUGGGGCACAUCUUCAGGAAGCGCCGUCCGUACGGGAAUCCCAAAGGCAGGGACACCUUCCUCAAAAACUCCCUCAGGGUGGCCAAUGUAUGGAUGGACAAGUACAAGGAGUAUUUCCUCAAACAGAGACCGCAGGCACAGGUAGUCGAUUAUGGAGACAUCUCAGACAGAAUCUCGCUCCGCAAACAUCUCUCCUGUAAAUCCUUCAAAUGGUACCUCGAUCAUGUCUAUCCAGAACUGUCUUUGCCAGGGAACGUGAAACCCAGCAAUAAGUCUUCCCAUCAUCAGCCAAUGAAGUCAAAGGACAAGAAGAAGAAACCUGUCAUUGUUAGGCAUGGGAGAAUCAAGCACAUCUCUUCCAAUUUAUGUGCUCAGUCCGAAAAAGAAAUUUACACCAAGAAAGCUUUGGUGACCUUGGCACGGUGCGAUGACGAAUCUCUGUCCGGACAGAAGGCUCAGCUGUGGUUCGAAACUGAGAAGAACCAACUGAUGCUAGCUCAGCUACUGUGUCUGGAUAUCGAGUCCGGAUCAGUCGGGAAGAGUUACGCCCGGCUGAUGAAGUGUCACGGAUUAGGUGCCUCCCAGGGAUGGCUGUGGAUUAAAAAGAAUGGGGCCUCCCUCCUGUAUAACCCAGUCAGUGGGAAGUGCCUGACCGCCACCGCCACAAAAGUGGGCGGGUACCUCAGUCUGGAUCUGUGUACUGGAGCCAAAGAACAGGACUUCACCAUCAGCUGACAUCAAGCAAUGACCACGUUGAAUAAAAACAACAACCACUGAAGAAAAAUCAAGUCAUGUCGAGAUCCUCCAUGAUUUCCUCGACUUAAAAAAAUAUAUAGAGAUAUAAUUAAUGCCGAUCUGCAUUUUUAAUUAUCAGGCUGCGGUCAGACGGUGAUUUACUCUGCUUUAAAAAUUAGCAUUGAAGUAUUGUUAUUAUUAUGUAUGUGCCAAAUUAUUGUUUUCAAUAGUCAGAAUUCUGACGUGUGCUAGCUGUUGAAUCAUUGCAUGUGUCAUAAACGGUGCUUUGUAUAAGAUUAAUUGAUGGGGUAUGUGCUUUAAAGCGGAGAAAUAAGUGGAGAAUCCUGAUAAUUGAAGGGCUUUAAUCAUUAGGGCAUUCCCCUCCAUAUAUAUUUGUGUAUCAUAUGUUCAUUUUGCUAUACUGCGGAUAUCACUCAAGUGAUUGAUAUUGUGACAAUGGGAAAAUCCAUUUUGUGCAAUAAUGUUAGUACCUGUAUCAUUCGCAACUGAAAGGCCACUAAAAAUGUGUAUAUA